AAUUAGAUGAAAGAUGGUGUUUCGGAGCGAGGAGAUGUGCCUGGCCCAGUUGUUCCUGCAGUCCGGUUCGGAGUACGACUGCAUCAGUCAGCUCGGUGAACUGGGCCUCGUCGAGUUCCGAGAUCUCAAUCCAAGCGUCAGCUCCUUCCAGCGGCGCUUCGUCAGCGAGAUCAAGAGAUGCGAGGAGAUGGAGAGGAUUCUGGGUUAUCUUCUGAGGGAGAUCCAAAAGGCUAAGAUUGCCGUUCCUGAGGACGAUGAGAGCCCACUUGCGCCUCCACCGAGACAAGUGCUGGAGAUCAUGGAGCAGCUUCAGAGGCUGGAGAUGGAGCUCAGCGAGGUGGCGAGGAACAAAGAGAAGCUGCGCAGGAACCUGCUGGAGCUUAUCGAGUACACGCACAUGCUGAAGAUCACGCGCACCUUCAUACAUAGGCGCUCCAGACAUGAGGCUCUUGGUCCCCAGUAUGAAGAAUUCCCCACCAUGGACACCGACGCCGUGUCAGGUUACACGGGCAUGCAAAGACUCGGAGCCAAACUUGGAUUCAUUUCCGGCCUCAUCCAGCGGGUGAAAGUGGAGGCCUUUGAGCGCAUGCUGUGGAGGGUGUGCAAGGGCUACACCAUCCUCAGCUAUGCAGAAGUGGGCGAGAACCUCGCUGAUCUCGACACGGGUGAGAUAAGCAAGAAUGUUGUGUUCCUCAUCUCCUUCUGGGGAGACCAGAUUGGACAGAAGGUGAAAAAAAUCUGUGAUUGUUACCACUGCCAUCUUUAUCCUCACCCCGAAAACGACGAGGAGAGGGCAGACAUGUUGGACAGCUUACGAACGCGCAUCCAAGACCUCAACAACGUAUUACAUCGCACAGAGGAGUACCUGAGGCAGGUGCUGCAGAGAGCCGCGGAGUCGGCGUACUCAUGGGUUGUGCAGGUGAAAAAGAUGAAGGCCAUCUACCACAUUCUCAACCUCUGCAGUUUCGACGUCACCAACAAGUGUUUGAUCGCUGAAGUGUGGUGCCCUGUCAGUGACCUGGCCAACCUGCGGGGGGCGCUAGAGGAAGGCUCGCGAAAAGGCGAUGCAACCGUUCCAUCAUUUGUGAACCGCAUCCCAAGCGCCGACACCCCUCCCACCUUAGUGCGAACCAACAAGUUCACAUGUGGAUUUCAGAGCAUCGUGGAGGCCUACGGCGUAGGGGACUAUCGCGAGGUGAACCCAGCACCCUACACCAUCAUCACGUUUCCCUUCCUGUUCGCCGUCAUGUUCGGCGACCUGGGCCAUGGCGCAGUGAUGAGCCUCUUUGCGCUCUGGAUGGUGCUGACGGAAAAAAAACAGAAGAGGAAACGCUCCAGUAAUGAGAUAUGGGCGACCUUCUUCAAUGGGCGCUACAUCAUCCUCAUGAUGGGGCUGUUCUCCAUCUACACGGGCCUCAUUUACAACGACUGCUUCUCCAAAUCGAUCAACAUAUUCGGCUCGGGCUGGAGCGUAAAGGCCAUGUUCACCAGGCAAAAGUGGACGAACGAAACACUUCAAACGAACAAUUUGCUCACAUUAGACCCCAACGUUAGCGGAGUUUUCACGGGCCCUUACCCGUUUGGCAUCGAUCCUAUAUGGAGCAUGGCGGUUAACCGGCUGUCCUUCCUCAACUCGUAUAAAAUGAAGAUGUCCGUGGUCAUUGGGGUCAUCCACAUGACCUUUGGUGUGGUUCUGAGUGUUUUCAAUCACUUGCACUUCCAGCAGAAGUAUGAUGUCUAUCUGUUGUUUCUCCCUGAGCUUCUCUUCCUGUUCUGUCUCUUCGGGUACCUGAUCUUUAUGAUCGUUUACAAGUGGUUGGCUUUCUCGGCGCGGGACUCCAACCAGGCUCCCAGCAUCCUCAUACACUUCAUUAGCAUGUUCGUCAUGCAGGGCAAGGACAUCGUUCCUCUGUAUCCGGGACAGACGGGGCUGCAAUUUUUUCUCCUUGCAAUCGCCAUGCUGUCUGCUCCUGUGCUGCUUCUCGGAAAACCCCUCUUCCUAUACUGGAUGCACCGCGGAGGCAAAGGUCUACGCAGGCGCAGAGGCUAUGAGAGGGUGAGGCACGCUAGUGAGGAUGACAGUUCAGCAGCGCCAACUUAUGAGGACGAUGAAGAGGAGGGACUUGAUGAGAUGACCCACAGGGACCUUUGUCCUCGAGAGUUUGACUUUGCAGAUGUGCUGCUGCACCAGGCCAUCCACACCAUCGAGUACUGCCUGGGCUGCAUCUCCAACACUGCGUCGUAUCUGCGACUCUGGGCUCUCAGCUUGGCACACGCGCAGCUGUCGGAGGUGUUGUGGGAUAUGGUGAUGCGCCUGGGCCUGAGGAUCACAACCAGAGUGGGGGUGGUGCUUUUAGUGCCUGUGUUUGGCGUCUUCGCGCUGCUUACUGUGUCCAUCCUGCUGGUCAUGGAAGGUUUGUCGGCCUUCCUCCACGCUCUCCGCCUCCACUGGGUAGAGUUUCAGAACAAAUUCUACCACGGGACAGGUGUCAAGUUUGUACCUUUCGACUUCUCGCUCCUGCCCUCGGUUUUCGAGCAAGACGGCCUCCUCUGAAGUGUUGAAUACACAAGUGGAAGUCGGCCUUUUUAACUGGCAAGGUAUGCUGCAUACACUGGGAAAAUUCUCACUGUGAAAAUGACAAGGGACCCUCAAGACAAUUAGAAUUCACUCUGGUAGCAAUCUUUUUUUUUUUUCACCAACCGUCUUGAUUUGAAAGCAAAAACAAAAAAAUCCUACCUGCUGUGCUGACUGCCUUACUUCUCCACCCAGCAAACAUCACAGGUUCUACAUUUGUCAAAGAUUUCAAAAUACAACUGAGAUAUCAUGCAACUCUCCAAGGCACACGGGUGAUUUUAAAAGUUGCAUUGUGCUGUGUGUGAUUACUGCAUUUGAUUUAAAACUAACUAUUAUACAGCACAAUGUACAGUUUGUAACCAUUUCUAGCAUCCCGACUUAGUGCCAUAAAGAUUUACUAAUGAUCUGGGCUUUUUUUUGGCCCCAAAUUUCAUCAAACAAUUGGAAAUUUCUCAAGCAAAGAAGCACUUUUCAGAAAUGAUUGUAUAAACACUUUCCCUGUUUAUGAUUGUGACGAUGCCAAAUUCAAACUGUGUUCGCUGUUUGCUUAUUGUUCAUUUGUUUAUUUAAAUGUAACCUCUGUAAUAUGAAGAAAAAAAGGCAACCACUGCUUAUUGUAUUUCUAGAUAUGGUUAAUCAUGCUUUUUAUUUAAGCAACUCUCUGUAUAAGAGUCCUGAUAUUUUGCCAUUUUGAUGUGUUAAAUAAAGCUUUCAAA